AAUGUACAGCAAAAUUAUCUCUUCCGCUUUGGUUAUUUUCGGUUUGUUGGUGAUAAGUCAUAGCAAAGUACAAGAACCUUCAAACUUGGACCAAUAUUAUCAAUGCUUUACUUAUGCGGAAUGUGAUGUAGGCAAAUCCGACCCUAACAGCAUAUUCACAUGUUUCAAUAAGCUGUCUGGUCAGGAGUUGCAACCGAUAUUCAAAUAUGUUAAUGGAACGUACGCCCAGUACCAUACCUCCAGCGUAGCGGGAGCCGUCCAAGAAUAUUGUGAUCGAAUGGGACAAUCAAAAAUGGACUUGUUUGAAAACACCGUCAACGGUAUUUUCCGUUACCAAGAUAUGGUAUGCAGUAAAUCCAUGCAGGAACAAUGCAACAGUGCUGAAACCUUAUUGAACUGCUAUCUCAACCUCUUUAUGAAUCUGAAGCAAAUGGGCAAAUGUUAAGUAAAUCAAUGAGGAAAGUGCAUCUUUCACGUGGG